AUGUUUAAAAGAUCAUCCAGUCUCCUCAGACAAUCUAUCAGAGCUAAGUCAUCAAGCUCCACCUCAGCAUUGGCUUACAAAACAUUACAUCGUAAUCAAAAACGACCACCAUUACCAACAAUAGAUACCCCCAAUUGGUCCGCUAAUACUGCUGUAUCAUCAAUUCUUUAUGAGACACCAAUAGCUUCCAAAGCACCACCAAAGCAACACGUUCUCAACUGUUUGGUUCAAAAUGAACCAGGUGUCUUAUCAGGGGUUUCAGGUACUUUGGCAGCUAGAGGAUUCAAUAUUGAUUCAUUAGUUGUUUGUAAUACUGAAGUCAAAGAUUUAUCACGUAUGACUAUUGUGUUGAAAGGGCAGGAUGGUGUUGUUGAACAAGCGAGAAGACAAAUUGAAGAUUUGGUACCAGUAUAUGCUGUGUUGGAUUAUACAAAUGCUGAAAUUAUCAAACGUGAAUUGCUCUUGGCUAGAGUCUCUUUAUUGGGACCAGAAUAUUUCCAAGAAUUGAUUGCUACUCAUCAAUUGCACAUUGAUGAUGCAUCUUCCAUCCCCGAUUUAUCAGCCACUGAAUCUGCAUUCCAUCCGUCAAAUUUGGCACCUAGCGAAGCAUUGAGACAGAAACAUAUGCAUUUAGAUCAUAUUACUACAAUCACUAAACAAUUUGGUGGUAGAGUUGUUGAUAUAAGUGACAGAAAUGUCGUUGUUGAGUUGAGUGCUAAGCCAAGUAGAGUUUCAGCAUUUGUUACUUUGUUGCAACCAUUUGGUAUUUUGGAAUUGGCUAGAUCUGGUAUGAUUGCAUUGCCUAGAACUCCUUUGAACAGUGGUGAGGAAGAGGAAUUACCAGUGGAUGCUUCUGAUAUUGUUGAUGCUUCUCAAUUGCCACCAGGUUAA